AUGGCGCGCGGCCGCCUGCUUGGCGUGCGCGGCUGGCUGCCGGGCGUGUCGCUGCUGCUGGUUGGGGGCGCCAAGCACGCGCUGGCCAACAAGCGCGGCUUGACGGCCCUAGGGGAGGCGGUGGCUGGGGGGCACCUGGACGUGACGCGCCACUUGGUGGCUGCGGGCGCGGACGUGCACGCCGGCGCGGGCGGCGGUUACAACCUGCUGCACGUCGCGGCCGGCCUGGGCCACGCGGGGUGCCUGAAGCUUCUGAUUGACUCUGGCCUGUCCCCUGCGGCUGCGGGCGGCGGCAGCGGCGGCGGCGACGGCGCGAGCCCGCUGCAUGCUGCGGCGCUGGCGGGGUCUGUUGAAUGCGCCGAGGCGCUGCUGGCGAGGGGCGCCGACCCCCUGGCCGCCAGCGCCGACGGCCGGCUGGCUUCCCAGGUGGUGGAAGCUUCCACCCCCCUGGUGGCUGAGACGCUCAAGGCCCUCCUGCAAAAGGCCGAGGCCAAAGCCCGCAAAGGCGGCGGCGGCGCCAAAGCGGCCGCCGUCGCGCCGCCUCCGCCGCCGGAACAGGCGGCGGCGGCGCCGGAGGAGGAGGCCGGCGGCGGCGGCGACGCCGCGGCGGCGUACGCGCGCGUGUUUGGGCGGCUGGCGGCGCAGGAGCAGGAGCGGAGGAUCGAUGGCUUUGCCAGGAUGGCGGCCGGGGAGGUGGCGGGGCUGGACUUUCUGAAACAGGAUGUCAAAGAGGCGGUGGCGCAGGUCCGUCGCGCGCAGCAGCUUCUCGCCUGCUUCCGGGCGGUGGCGGCAAUUCACAGGGACGAGCGCUUCCAAGAAGAUGCAGCGGACCCCCGUGUGCAGCGGGCUAUUGAAGAAAUCAAGGAGACGGGCGCAAUUGACAAGUAUGCAACCGACGGCCAGGUGGCAUCAGUCAUGGGGAAGCUGCGGAAGCUGCAGGCCGUGCUGCGGGACAACGGCGCCGUGCGCGUCGGAAUGGACGAGCUGCUGCCCCAGAAGGGCGGCCCCUCGCUGCAGGAGAUGAUGGCGGCCGACGCGGCGCGUAUCUCAGAGCUGGAAGCCGCCCACGCCGCCGCGCGCGCCGCCGCCGCCGAUGCGCUGCUGUCCCUGCCGCCCGGCACGACCGCCGCCCGCGCGCGCGCGCGCAGCGGCGGCGGCGGCCUGCUCGCGCGCGGCGGCGGGGCUGGGGCCGAGAUACAGCCCGCUGCCGGCGGCGGCGGCGGGGCUGCGGAGCAUGAGCAAGAGGAUGAGGAGGAACAGGAUGAAUUUUCAAACGUGGAGCGGUACAGCGCUGCUGCAGGUGGCGUCUGGCGGCGGCGGGGCGGCGGCAAGCGGGCUGGAAAGGCGGCGAGCGGCGUCACGGUGGACGCGGCGGCGGGGGACAACUCGCUGGAUGGCGCAGGCGGGGCGGAGGGGGAGGGGGAGCCGCUGUGGAAGCUUCAGAUGAGGCAGGCUGCAAAAGAUACGUUGCACAGGAUCAUCCGAAUCACUCUGGCCUUUGCAUUUCUGAUGGGCGUGAUGUGGCUCUGCAACAUGAUGCCCAGCCAGCAGGCCGACCUCUCGCCCGAGGUGCAGGCGCGCCUCGCUGCCCUGAGGGCGCAGGCGCUGGAGCGGCGCCGGCAGCAGCUGGAGGAGGCCGCCGCGGACGGCGGCGGCAGGGUUGGCGGCGCCGGCGGCGGCGCGGCCGCGGUGGCAGGGCACGGGGAGUUGUGA